UCUUCACAACCAUCUAUUCCUCAACAUCAACAUAGUUGCCUAUUCCUGUUACAGUCUAUUCGUUCUCGAACGAACAGAAGAAGAUGUCGCUGCACGAAUCCACAACCAUUACCAUCCAAGAACCCAAGUCUGAGACAAGAGCAAAAGUUGGGACUAAGAAUGUCAAAUUCCUGGGAGCGUCAGGUGGUGGAGGUGGUGGUGGUGGUUUGAAAAGAGGACUCGCAAUAUUCGACUUUAUUCUUAGGCUGGCUGCUUUAGCUGCUGCCUUAGGUGCCACUAUUGCCAUGGGCACAAGUGAUCAAACAUUGAAUUUCUUCACUCAGUUUUUUCAGUUUCGUGCUCGAUUCGAUGAUCUCCCUGCUUUCUCGUUUUUUGUGGCUGCAAAUGCAGUGGCAAGUGGAUACUUAGUCCUGUCCUUGCCAUUCUCCAUAGUUAGCAUUGUUAGACCACAGAUUGGUGGUGUCAGGUUGCUACUCAUCAUCUUGGACACGGUAGUAGUAGCAUUGGUAUCAGCCGGGGCAGGGGCAGCAGCAGCCAUAGUGUACUUGGCACAUCAGGGCAACACUAAGAUAAACUGGGUAGCUAUUUGCCAGCAGUUUGGCAGUUUCUGCGAGCGUGUCAGUGGCGCUGUGGUUGCAUCCUUCAUUGCUGUUUUUCUCUUCAUUCUUCUUGUUGUCAUUUCUGCUGUAUGUCUUAGGAGAAACUAAUCAAUGUUUUCUCUCCUUUGGAUUUUCAGCUUCUUGUGUAAACUCAACUGUAUUUAGCAUCAUUUUUUUUUCUUUCUUUUUUUUUUAAACUUGAUUUGGUAAUUUGUUGAAACUCUCACACAUAUGUAAUCAUUGUAUGAAGCUUAAUU